UUGCUUUUUCACAAACAUUAGUAUAUUACAGAACCUUUUUUUAAAAAAAAUAAUAAUAAUAAAAAUAUCAUUUUCUAUCUGGGCCAUUUAAUUUCUUGCAUUAUCUAAAAUAAUCUUCCACAAUUUUUUUUUUCUAAAAAAAAUAAAUAAAUAAAUAAAUUUCAGGUAAGAGACACGUGUAACAUACCCAGACCAAUGAGAAAAAGAAUAUGAAAAUGCCACGUGGCAGAAAAUGGAUAAGCCAAGAAAGUGUGUUAGCACAACCCCAGAUUUUCCUUCGUCCCAAACAGAGAGUCCCAUCCCCAAAACCAAAACCUUCAAAUGACUGCCACUCUCACUCUUCCACUCCACUGCUCCUUCUCAUUCCCCAUAACCAAUAAACCAAUCCGUUUCUCAUCCUUCAAACCCUCCCAUGCUUCACUUCAAACCCCAAUUCUCAAUUCUCCCCAAUCCCAAACCCUCCCAAACACCACCGGCGUCGUCAUCAUCGGAGCCGGUCUUGCAGGUUUAGCCGCCGCGACCCGACUCGCCUCCGACAAUGUCCCUUUCCUCCUUCUCGAAGCUUCCGACGCCGUUGGCGGCCGCGUAAGGACCGACCUCGUCGAUGGCUUUCUACUCGACCGCGGCUUCCAGAUCUUCAUCACUGGUUACCCGGAAGCCAAAAAGCUUCUAGACUAUCAAAAGCUGGACCUCCAGAGAUUCUACUUCGGCGCUCUGGUUUACUUCGACGGCGAGUUUCACACCGUCGCCGAUCCUCUACGCCAUUUCUGGGACUCGCUCAGGUCCCUGACUAACCCUAUCGGAUCGGUUAUCGAUAAAUUGCUUAUCGCCUCAACGAGAAUUAGGGUUCUGAGCAGAUCCGAUGAAGAGAUUUUGGUUUCCGAUGAGGUUCCGACGAUCGAUUUGUUGAAGAGCAUCGGUUUUUCGGAGUCAAUUAUCGGCAGGUUCUUCAGGCCGUUUUUCGGAGGCAUUUUCUUUGAUCGCGAGCUCGAAACGACUUCCAGAUUGUUCGAUUUCAUCUUCAAGUGUCUCGCUCUCGGAGAUAAUACUCUUCCGGCAAACGGCAUUGCUGCGAUCCCCGAACAACUCGCCGGAAAAUUACCAACCGGUUCGAUCUUCUUCGAUUCUAAAGCCGUUUCGAUCGGCUCCGACGGGUUGGACUCGCCAGCGGUGAGAUUGCUGAGCGGAGAGAUUGUCAAGAGCGAGCUUGGAGUGAUUGUAGCUGUUGAACAACCCGAAGCCGAAAAGCUUCUACCCGGGUUAACCCAAGCGGUUCAGGAAAACCCGGCCCGUAGCACGGUUUGUUUGUAUUUUUCAGCGGAUCGGGCACAAAUUCCGGUCAAAGACCCGGUUCUGUUGCUAAACGGGUCGGGCAAGGGCAUUGUGAAUAACAUGUUCUUUGCUACGAAUGUGGCACCCACUUAUGGCCCACCUGGAAAGGCUUUAGUCUCGGUGUCGCUUAUUGGGAGUUUUGAUGGCCAGUCGGGUGAUGAUCUGACGGCUGAGGUUGUUCGGGAACUCUCCGAUUGGUUUAAAGGAUCUGAUGUAGGGUCAUGGAGACAUUUGAGGACUUACCGGGUCAAAUUUGCACAACCGAAUCAGCGCCCACCCACCAACUUGGUGAAAGACCCACGGGUCGGGUCCGGUGUGUAUCUUUGUGGGGACUAUUUGACCAUUGCCACGUUUGACGGUGCCUUGGUUUCGGGUAGAAGAGCAGCUGAGGCUUUGCUCAAAGACAGAGCCUUAGCUCGAGUUUAGUAUUCGAUGGAAUUUUGUAUGACAAAAAUUGUAAAUUUUAAUUUUAUUCUAAUUGUUAAUAUAUUUUGAAAUAGUA